AUGCUAACGACGAGCAACUAUCCACGACGAUGCCGCACAAGUGGUACAUCUGUUAUCGGUGUUUCCCCGUCUUCAGGUACUCUCCUAACGCGACCAAAAUUAUCACUUAGGUCUUACACCAAACCGAGAGCUGCUUACAAUUUCUCACACAUCGAAAAUGCACCCUUUGGCAGACCCAAGCGAUUUAGAGCCCGGAAAAUGAGCUCACUGCAGAAGAUGGAUGUUGGAAAGAAGAAAAUACCAGAUUACACAGAAACCGCUUACAGGGAAGCGGUAUCGAAACUCAAAUAUCUCUUGGCCGAGUCUUACACACCAAGAUCAACCGGGAAAAUUCAUCGCGAAAGAAAUAUCUACCGCCGCAGUAAUCUCCGUCUUCAUGAGUCCGCUGAAGACACGGACGAUCGAAGUGCAGUGAGCGAGUGUAUUUCAUCCCCCGAAAAAGUUCGUCUGCAACCAUCGAUCCUAACAGCUGAAGACUCACAACUUACACCACGAGAGCUAACAUCCUUUAUAAUGCGCCAGGAGCAGUACAUCGAACAGUUAGAGCAGGAGUCACGCUACUGCAAAGAUGAGUUGAAGAACCUCCUCGGCAAAAUUCGUCAAGUCGUCGCUGAGAAUGAAGCUCUUCACCAUAAAAAUAAAACGGGACUACUAAAAGCCUUUCUGACUGAGUAUGAGAGUUGCGACGAGGUGAAGAAAGUCGAUAGUAAAUCCCUGCCAUCGACAGAUCUCGACGUUCAGUCCAGUCCUGGGAAGAAGAUAAAAUUACAGCGGAUGGAUGGGCCCGCGAUAAUGUACGAGUCCAGGAUCAGCGAGCUCGAAGCCCAACUGACGCAGGCAAGAAUUGAAUUGAAAAAAGCUCUGGACGAAAAAACAACGAAUCUAAAAAAAAUGGAUACUGUCACCGCUAGUCCAGAGAGUGUCAUUCAGCUGGAGCAAGUGAUGCGGGAGAAACGAGAGACAAAUACGAAAUUGGAGGAAACCCUGAAGAAUUUGCAGGCUGCACGGGAGAGGGAGACGGAUGCCAGUCAGAAAGCAAAACGUGCCAUGGAUUCUGCGCAGCAGGCGGAAUUCGAGAAGAGUCAGGCAGAGGCGGAGAUCAGGAGGCUGAAGGAUGAGUUGGAGAGACAACGGGAGAAGAUCAGAGAAGCCACCCAGGAUGCCUGCAGAAGAUUGGCUGAGGAGAGACACCAGGUGGAGAGGAGGUAUGGACAUCAAAUGGAACAGCUCUCCGCUGAUGUUGCAACGCACUGGGAUGCUGCCUCCAAAUCACAAUUGGAGAUCGAGAAACAACGGAGAGAGAUCCUCGAUCUCAAGAGGGAAUUGAAUCAGAAGCAGGCGUUUAUUGAGGAUCUCAAGAAGGAAAUGCUGUCUAAAACUUCGAGCCUUCAGAGUGACUUGACACAACUCUCAGCCGAGAAAGAUGCUGUCGAGCAAGAACUAGCUACUGCCAAACUUGGUGCUGAGAGGGGCGAACGUCAUGCACGUCAGGAGCAAAGUCGUUGGCAAGCCGAAAUCAACUCUUAUAAACAGAGAAUCGAGAGAGCAGACGCUGAUAUAGUGCAUUGUCGACGGGAAAAUCUCAGAUUGACUGAACAAAUUGCCUCGUUGGAAAAAGAACUAAAUAUGACUCGAAUAAUCCACGUGGAAACAACAGCAACUCCCAGGAAGGAUAAAGACAAGGAUGUUACCUCAAUGAUAACGGAUAUGGAGGGAAAACACGCUGCUCAAGUGGGUGGUCUUGAAGAUGCUAUCAGCAAUCAGGCAAAGCUCAUUUCUCAACUGACUGCCGAAUGCCAAUCUCUCACACAACGUUUGGAAGCUAGCAACCACACGCACAAGGAAGAGAUGGCCCGCUUACAAAGCAACAUAGAGCAUUUGACGAAUAAAUUUUGUGAUACUCUAGAAAAUCCAAAAGGGAAAUUAUCAACUCCCGAAUCAGGGGGAGAUUACAUUAAACAAUCUCAUAAAUCUACAAUUGAAGAAAGUCACCCUGAAGAGUCGCAGGCCUACUCAGGACCCUCUGAUGAUACUUAUGCGCAUCCCUAUACUAAUCCCCAAGAAAAACCGGAGGAAAUGGAUCAGACACAGUACCAGGAUCCUCAAAACUACGAAAACUACCCCGCGGACUAUUUGACUCAGGAUUAUAAUCAGUACGAGCAGUACGAGCCAACUUUGUAUCAGCCAUCGGGCGAAGAAGCACAAGGGCAGACUGGAGCCGGACAUUAUGGUGACAAUCAACAAUAUGAGCAUUAUGGAAACAAUGAUUACCUCGAAAAUCAACAAACUUCGCAUAGUCAGCAGUAUAUUGAGUCUACUCCAGGCGAUAAUCCAUCGUAAUCCCUGGAUAACGCCCGAUAUUCGAUAGAUUAUUUUCUUUUCAAGCACAUGAAGAAAAGGUGUAUCGAUCACUCACUGUAGAAUAAAGGAAUAAAGUUGCGAUCACGAAGGCUAUGAUUUCAAUUGUUUAUGUUCUUAUUUGCAUAUGGAGGAAAAUUUCUAUUGGGAUUUGCUCAAUUCCUUGUAAAUGUAUACCAUCUAUCAUAUGGAUACUGUCAUGUGGAUCAGCUGAUCUCGAAUGAUCGUUUACUCACCGUCCUG